AUGGGUCCCGACCCAAAACGACAGCCUUCCAGUGCCACUACUGGCUUCUUCCAACAACAGCCGGCACCAAGCGAUCUUUUCAAUGAAGACGAAGCACUGCAAAGAAUAUUCAGAUUCCACCUCCCCCUCCGAACCCAACACUCCAUCAAACCCGACCUCCAACACAUGAGCAAACUCGUCACAACCCCCCAAAUCCUCGCCUGGAACGCCGACGCAGAACGCAACACACCCUACGUACGGACUUGGGAUUCCUGGGGUAAACGGAUUGAUCAGCUCAUCACAAGCGAAGGCUGGCGUGAACUCCAGAACCUCGGGAUUCGAGAGGGGAUUGUGGCCAUAGGCCACGAGAAGGAGUUUGGGAGGUUUGGGAGGUUUGGAAGGGUGUAUCAGUUCUUGAAGUAUCAUGUGUGGUGUGCGUUUUCGGCGGAUGUGACGUGUCCGAGUGCGAUGACGGAUGGGGCGGCGAGGUUGUUGAGGGGGCAGUUGGAGAAAGGGGGAUUGGGGGAGGUGGAGAGGAGGGUGUUUGAGAGGGCGUUUGAGAGGCUUGUGCAGAGAGAUCCUGGGGAGGCGUGGACGAGUGGGCAGUGGAUGACGGAGAGGGCGGGAGGGAGCGAUGUGAGGAGCACGGAGACGUUGGCCACUCCAGCAUCAAACGAGGAUAUAAGAGCGACAGACGUCGAUGGUAACCCGCUUGGACCACACUCCAUCUCAGGCUUCAAAUGGUUCUCCUCCGCCACCGAUGCGAACGCCACCGUCCUCCUCGCCAAAGAACCUGAUGGCUCCAUCUCCGCCUUCUUCGCACCCACCCGCGUUCUCAGACCGAACUCCACAACCCCUGAAUUGAACGGUAUCAGCAUCCAGCGCCUCAAAUCCAAACUCGGCACCCGCGCCCUCCCCACCGCCGAACUCGUCCUCUCCAAUAUGCGCGCCUGGCGAAUCGGCGCCGCAGGCCAGGGAACGAAAGAAAUCAGCACGAUCCUCAACAUCACCCGCGUGCACAACGCCGUCUCAGCAGUGAGUUCCUGGGGAAGAGGACUCUCCAUCUCACGAGCUUUUGCGCGGGUAAGGAGAAUCCGAGGAAAACUCCUCAUGGACAUACCCGCCCAUGUGCGGACUCUGGCGGAGCAACACGUCCUCUACCACGCCAACAUGCACCUGGCAUUCUAUACAGUCGCUCUCCUCGGCGCGGCUGAACAUCCCUCUACCCCAACAAGCGACACGCAUUCAUCUCGCCUCCUGCCUCAAGCCUCCGUUCGUCACCUCCUCCGCCUCCUAACCCCUCUGACCAAGCUUCUCACGGCCAAAGCCGCUAUCGCUGGCCUGCAGGAAUGCAUGGAGAGUCUCGGUGGGGUAGGCUAUCUCGAGAAUGAAGACGUCUCGAUGAACAUCGCGAGGCUGUAUCGAGGGGCGAACGUCCUAGCUAUCUGGGAAGGAACCACCAACGUCAUGGUCGAUGAUCUGGUGAGGGUUGUGAAAGGUUCAACAGGGCAGGUGACGCUAGAGGCGCUAGCCGGCGUUGUUGAGAGUGUGGUCGUGCAUUGGAAGAAGAGUGGGCAGGAUCGAUGGGCGAAGCCAGUCGAGGAAGCAUGGGGAGAGGUCAGGCAGAAAAUCGAAGAGAGCAGCAGAGCCGAACUCGCUUUUGACGGACGGAGCGUGGCGAAAGACUUGGGCUGGAUCGUGUGUGCCUUGUGUCUCGGUGAAGACGCCCUCAGUGAUGGAAGUCCCGCUGCCUUUGAGGUAUGCUCGAGGUGGAUCUCUUCGAAGGGGACGGGCAGCGAUCUGAGCGGCCGGUCGUACGUGAGGGCUGCUCGCUGGGAUAGUAUAAUCGUGUUCGGCGACGAACCAGUCGUUGUGAGGACGAAGAUAUGA